CACUUUUAUACAGACUUCAAACAGGAUGAACGCUUAUUUGUUGAUAGACCUGUCGAAGGUGAUGAUUACAUCCUGUACGAUGCCGAGAAGCGAAGGGUGUACAGAGUUCAAUACCUGGGCGAAGAUGAUAACUCAGCGCUUGCCCCUUUGUACUUGAUUGAUCAGCUUUGUCAUAAGGAAGCACCAGUCAGCUGCCUGAGGAAGGACGAGUUCCAUGAAUGUUUUUCUCAUGUUCGAUUAUUGCUCCUGAAAAAUCCAAGAACCGAUAAUAUUCUGAUCGACGUGGAUUCAGUGCCAUCAAAAGGAUUGUUCGAGCUAAAACAACUUUAUACAGAAUCAUACAAUGAUUUGGUAAUGCCGGCGAGAUUUGUGAGAGAGAAUUUGAUUACAAUGUUUUCAUCCCGAAGUGGAGGUGCAGAUUUGCCGAAAAAGGCAUUAAAUAGCACUGGACGAGUGCAGACCAAUGCGCCAUAUGUACAGGGUGUUCAAAUGCCAGUAAUUGUGGACGAUCUAUGA